GUGUGUGUGUGUGUGUAUAUGCGCGUGCUCGUGGCCGAAUGGUUGAACUCGCGGCUAUGCGCUACGUAACAUAGAACGACCGUGCGUCGGCGAUGCUGCGAGUGUCGUCGCAUCACCGCGAUCGCGUUUUGAGAGAAGAGGCACUAGCCACAUCGUCCUCGGGUCGAGUUCCCGUACGAAACGCGAACGAGUGACUCGCGAAAUUUGAAGUUACAGUUAGUAGGAAGUUACGAGACAAAGAGCGAGGGUGGAACGACCGCGUGCAGAGUCGUCGUCCUCUCCGGACAACAUCGACCUCGCUGGGAUUCGAGGCGGGUGACACGAAUCUCACUCACAUACACACACGUAUACACAUAUACACACAUUAUAUAUAUAUAUAUAUAUAUAUAUAUAUAUAUAUAUAUAUAUAUAUAUAUACAUACAUCGUAUAUACGCGUAUCACGACUCACACGUCGGAGGAGAAAAAACGGAAAACGACGAGGAUGUUCAGCUCGUUGAGGCUGGCGACCAUGCGCUCGCACAAGAGCCGCGCCAGGCCGGGCAGCGUCGCCACGUCCGCGAGUUCCGAUUCAACUAGAGCGGAAGAGACGGCCGCACAGCAGUACCAUCCGCACAGCUUCCUGCUACUGGACGACCAGGACGCGAACGCGAUCGUGUCGUCGCCCUCCAGCGUUUCAUCGAAGGUCGCGCAAGUGCGAGUAGAGCGUGAGGCUGGCAGUCUCGGUGUGACCCUUCGUGGUGGCGUAUCGCGGGCAUUGGUAGUGACAGGAGUGAAGGCUGAUGGCCCGGCCGCGAAGGAGGGCAGAGUCCGACCCGGUGAUCGCUUGCUGGCGGUAGACGACACCGAGCUGCGAGGUCUUACCUUGGCGGAGGCGCAAAGAGCGCUCAGACGAAGCUCAGACGCACCUGUCGCGUCCCUCACUAUCGAGUACGACGUGGCGAACAUGGAGGAGGCGCGCGCGGCCACUUCCGGUCCGUUGCUCGUUCAACUGGAGCGUGGUCUCUCAGGUGAAUUGGGAUUAACCGUGAGGGAAACUCCGAGCGGCGUCUACAUCGAAAGCCUGCGUCCGGCAAGCACCGCGGACCGUUGUGGCGCCCUGCAGUCCGGUGAUCGCCUAUUAGCUGUGGACGAUACACCUGUCCAAGAUGCGGUAACCGCCGCCAAGCUGCUGCGGAACAGUUCCGACAGCUGCCGCAUCGCCAGGCUGCAGAUACUGCCGCGACCGCCGAGCGCGUCGGCGAGGACGGUGAAGAGGCGGGCGCAGCCGCAGGCACAGCAAAACUCGAGUCAGACAUUGCAGAUGAAGGAGAGCCUAACCGUGGUCCUGCGGCCGGAUCAUCGGGGCUUCGGGCUCGCUCUCAAGCCAGCGGAGGACCGCGUCAACUAUGUGGUGAGUCUGCUGGAAGCGGGUGGCCCGGCGGAACGCAGCGGCGUCCUUUUGCCCGGCGACAAAGCCAUCGCGAUCAACCGCAGAAUGUUGCGCGACCUGCAGCCGGCCGAAGUGGCCAACGUAUUGGAGACCUCGCAGAUGAUCGAGCUGGUAAUAGAGUACAAAGUGGGCGGACCUGUAGUACCGAGCUCCGGAGUGUUCACAGUGAGAGUGGCGAGGCCACUCGGCGGUCAACCUGAUCUAGGCCUCACGGUGAACGAGGACCUGGUGAUCACGGAGGUCCGUCGAGGCUCGCUCGCUUACAGAACGGGCAGUCUGGCGCCGGGCGACAGGCUGCUCGCGAUCGACGGGCAAAAACUGGACCCCGGCGACCUGCGUCAAGCCGCUCAGUUGUUGCACCGACCCGGCAGCUCGGUCGUCGCACUAACCGUUAGGAAGCCGGAUCCUAACCCGGAAACAAGGGAUUAUUGCAGGGAGUCCAGCGUAGGAAGUGACACGGUUCAACCGCAAUUCUCCAGCGGUGCGUUGCGCUCGGCCAGAGAGAGUCUACCCAGUGUCGACAGCGCGGUGGACUCCUGGGGCGAAUUGGGAGAGGGCAGCGGCACCAUGCCGGAGAUACUGAGACUCUGGGACACCGCUUCCGUUGACAGCGGGCAGCUGGAUCUAUCGAUGCCGUCUUAUCCGGGGCCGCAAGAGCGCAACGGCUCCGACAACAGGGCUCAGCAGAUAGUGCACGUGUCACUACACAAGGACCCGGUCUACGAGGACUUCGGCUUCUCCGUGUCGGACGGUUUGUACGAGCGUGGCGUUUACAUAAAUCGCUUGCGGCCUGGUGGACCCUGCGACGGUGUUCUACGGCCGUACGAUAGGAUCCUGCGCGUCAACGAAGCCAGCACGGAAGACUGCGAUUGCUGCUUGGCCGUGCCGCUGAUCGCAGCAGCCGGACCGCGUCUGGAUCUGACGGUAGCGAGACCGUUGUCGCCGCAGAACAUCGUGAAGACUUUGUAGGUCGGUAUGGCGAGAGCAAUUCACCGCGCAACGCACCGUCUCCCUCAACGACGCGACUUGAUUCUGCCCGUCGUUCCGAGGGAUCAAACGAAAACGCGCCGUCGCUUCUCGAAAAGCGGUGUAUCCAUCGAGUUCGAUCUCGUAUUUAAAAUAAUAUUAUUUUAUAUUACUAAUAAUAUAAUAAUAAUAUAAUAUAUCUUAUAUUUAAAAAGUUUUAGUAACAAUAUUAUAUUAUUAUUACAUUUAAAAACGUCUUAAAUUAAUUUUAAGAUGCUACAAAGGCUCCUCUACAGUACGCGUAGUAAGCUUGGCGUAGAUUAAAGAAAUAAUAAUGAUUUAAAUCAAAAAUAAAAAGAUAAAUGUGUGUAUAUUACACAAACAUAUGUGCACCGGUGUGUAUUGUUGGGAAACCAAUAGGUGAAAGUUUCCUAAUGAAGGGCUAAUAGGAGUUCAGACACAGUAAUUUUAGUGCUAUAAAACCUAAGGCGACGCGAAAUACAGAUUAUUAUGUAUUUCGCGUCGCCUUAGAUUUCGCGAAGAAAUAAAAAUGAUUAAAAUCAAAAAUAAAAAGAUAAAUGUAUGUACUGUACAAACAUAUGUGCAGCGGUGUGUAUUGUUGGGAAACCAAUAGGUGAAAGUUCCCUAAUGAAAGGCUAAUAGGAGUUCAGACACAGUAAUUUUAGUGCUAUAAAACCUAAGGCGACGCGAAA